UCCCCUUCCUUCGCGCUUCCGGCACUCCGUCGUGUAUUAGAGGGAGGGGAAGAUGACAUGGUGGACCAAUAAUGUGAGCUGCCUCGCGCUCAGCUCAGCCCAAUAGGUCGUGUUUCUUCCUCCUCUCGUCGCUCACAAUUUAGCCCCAAAGUGGCCGAGUUCACGAGCAGAGUGUCGUUUUGUUUUACCUUAGUUUUCGGUGGUCCUAACCUGGCGCCUAACCGUCUGCUCCCCUCUUUCAUAUGCCUUUCCGUAUUUGGCAGGUAUUCAUGGGGUGGUUGAUCGACUUAUCACAUAUGACAACAGCGUAGGCAGUGGAACUCGCAUACAUGUGCAGGCAGAGGAUGGUGGUGGGGGUAGGAUUGGGGAGGAAAGGCCCGCACGCAAGUAGCAUUUUACACAAUAGGAGGAGAGCCUGGAGUCGGGCCAUUCUAAUUUGGCAUCGUAGUGUUCAUUCACUGUUGCCUGCGUAUCUGAGAACGAACAAGAUAUGAUGGGAUCCCCAAUAACUGGUGCCUGCUUGCGGCGACCUCAGCGGUGUGAGGGGUUUGACCUGAUUAGCCCGUCCCCGGAGCGGAUAUGCGCCAGACGCGGUAUUGGCAUGCUACUCCCAGGUCGCAUCGCUUAUUCCAAAUGCCGUUGACGCCGACGCGGGUCCGUCCGGGUCAGAUGUAUGGUACUCCACAGAGCAGGACACACAGGAUCUCUUGGACAGCCCCAAAACGAUCACCCGCCUACGGCACGGCACGUACGUGCGUAUGUAUAUCUCCAGCACGGCGGAGGCGAGGUGACGUAGAAUGGCAUGCCUGGAUUGUCUGGACGGGCGGGGAUCGUAACAUGCCUGGCAUGUUUGGUGUCCUCUGUAUGUACACCAGGCGCAUCUCGUUUCGUCCCGAGCGGCUGCAGACACGUCUCGGCAAUCACGUUGCUAUUCUCUCUCUCUCGAUAAGACGGCCGACGAGCAUCGGUCGCAUCGAACGAUGCCAUCGCGGGUUGGUCGCCGAGACGAGAAGAAGGCGAGGCGCAAAAGAGGCGAGGAGGCGGGAGGAAGACUCUAUUCUUGGGUCCAACUCCGCCGGUUGUGGGCAUGUACAUACCUACCUACCUACAUGUUACAUAAAUGCAGGUACACGUGUUGGCGGGGAGGACGGCUGUAAAAGAGCCCUGCCAGUUGGUACUAUAUUUAAAAUCUUCCAGUUCGUCUUGGCUAGGUAGGUAGGUAGGCGUUUGUUCGUAUCCACAGGAA